GAGCCAAUAGGGAGGCGGGCCGGGAGCGAGGUGCAGGGGGCGGGGUUCGGCCUGGCCACCGCCAUUUUGGUGGGAGAGAAACAAUAGGACGGAAGCGCUGCUUGACCGGGCUGAGGCAGCAGCAGAGAAUCCUGGCCUGCACAAGCCAAGAAGCCAAGACCAGUUGGACACAGGCACAGACAACAGAGAGAGGACGUGCUGGCUGCUGGACCCUGCCACCUCCCCCUUCUCCCUGCCACUUGCACCCAGAGGAUGAGCCCGGCCUUCAGGGCCAUGGACAUGGAGCCCCGUGCCAAGGGCAUCCUGCUGGAGCCCUUUGUCCACCAGGUCGGGGGGCACUCAUGUGUGCUCCGCUUCAAUGAGACAACCCUGUGCAAGCCCCUCGUCCCAAGGGAACAUCAGUUCUACGAGACUCUUCCAGCUGAGAUGCGCAAAUUCACUCCCCAGUACAAAGGUGUAGUGUCUGUACGCUUUGAAGAAGAUGAAGACAGGAACUUGUGUUUAAUAGCAUAUCCAUUAAAGGGGGACCAUGGAACUGUGGACACUGUAGAUAAUUCAGACUGUGAACCAAAAAGUAAGCUCCUAAGGUGGACAAACAAAAAACAUCAUGUUCUAGAAACAGAAAAGACUCCCAAGGACUGGGUGCGUCAGCACCGGAAAGAGGAGAAGAUGAAGAGCCAUAAGUUAGAAGAAGAAUUUGAGUGGCUAAAGAAAUCAGAAGUUUUAUACUACAGUGUAGAGAAAAAGGGAAAUAUAAGUUCCCAACUUAAACACUACAACCCUUGGAGCAUGAAAUGUCACCAGCAACAGUUACAGAGAAUGAAGGAAAAUGCAAAGCAUCGCAACCAGUACAAAUUUAUCUUACUGGAGAAUCUGACUUCCCGCUAUGAGGUGCCUUGUGUCCUUGACCUCAAGAUGGGCACACGCCAACAUGGUGACGAUGCUUCAGAGGAGAAGGCAGCCAACCAGAUCCGAAAAUGUCAGCAGAGUACAUCUGCAGUCAUUGGCGUGCGUGUGUGUGGCAUGCAGGUAUACCAGGCGGCCAGCGGACAGCUCAUGUUUAUGAAUAAGUACCAUGGGCGGAAGCUGUCAGUGCAGGGCUUCAAGGAAGCACUUUUCCAGUUUUUCCACAAUGGGCGCUACCUGCGCCGUGAACUCCUGAGCCCUGUGCUCAAGAAGCUGGCUGAGCUCAAAACUGUGUUAGAGCGACAGGAGUCCUACCGCUUCUACUCAAGCUCUCUGCUAGUCAUCUAUGAUGGCAAGGAACGGCCUGAAGUGGCCCUGGACUCAGAUGCUGAGGAUUUGGAAGACCUUUCAGAGGAGUCAGCAGAUGAGUCUGCUGGUGCCUUUGCUUUCAAGCCCAUUGGUGCCAGCUCAGUAGAUGUGCGCAUGAUUGACUUUGCGCACACCACCUGUAGGCUGUAUGGCGAGGACACUGUGGUGCAUGAGGGCCAAGAUGCUGGCUAUAUCUUUGGGCUUCAGAGCCUAAUAGACAUUGUCACAGAAAUAAGUGAGGAGAGUGGGGAGUGAGCUUGCUGUCUAUUCCAGUACCUGAGAGACUCUGUGUCCCAGGCACAGCUGUGCUGCGUCAGGGAGGAGGUCAGUAUGGCCAGUUGUUGGCCCCUGCAGCCUGGAGCUGAUGUGCAGUGGCCUCUGUGAGCCCCAGCCUGAGCCAGCCCUAGCUGCACUUGGAAUCUUUAUUUAUUUUAACUAUUUCUUCAACAUUCCAUGUUUGAUGAUGCAAAUACCUCUUUCUUCCUUGAGUGUAUAUGUUCUAAUAUAAACCUUUUUGUUUAUUGUA